AUGGCACCCUUACUCGAGGAGCGAUUGCCCAUCCAGUCAGUGCCGGCAAAACAAAUCGAGAGCAGCAAUAAAUUCCAAUAUGAACCUGGCCGCACUCUUGUGAAGAAUCAUGAGGAUUACGAAUAUGAAGACUUGCUUCCCUCGUUCCCAGAUAUCACCUGGGGCCCAAUUGAAUCCCUACCUUACGAGGACAAAGGCCUGCGUGGAGAUCCUAAAUUUCGCAAUCUACUUCGCGACGCGACCGAUGUCUUCGACUAUACCCCUAAAAUUGGAACUGAAGUACAUGGCGUGAACCUCGCGAAGCUCACGCAUGCCCAGAAAGAUGAUUUGGCCAGGUUAAUUGCAGUGAGAGGGGUGGUUUUCUUCAGAGACCAGGAUGAGUUCGAUAUCGAGGCCCAGAGAGAGCUAGGACGGUAUUUUGGCACACUUCAUAAGCAUGCGACAACAUCAGUUCCCCGCAAGAAAGGGCUGGAGGAUGUCCAUGUAGUAUACGCCGGGGAAAACGCUGUGGACCAGCGUGCUUUGUUCACACCUGGCUUCCUUUGGCAUUCAGAUGUGACCUAUGAAGUCCAACCACCCUCAUACACCUCUUUGAAGGUCCUGACCGGCCCUCCUCGUGGCGGAGGUGGUGACACCCUGUGGUCGUCACAGUAUGCGGCCUACGAUGCACUCUCCUCGCACAUGCAAACCUACCUCAAGGGAUUGACUGCACUUCACUCUGCGAAUAUGCAAGCCUCUGAUACCCGCGCCCUCGGACGUACCGUUCGCCGUGAGCCGGUCACCACCGAGCAUCCCCUUAUCCGCACCAACCCGGUCACUGGCCUCAACAGCCUUUUCUUCAACCCUGGAUUUGUGACCAAGAUUGUCGGCAUCCCCAAAACUGAAAGCGAUGCUAUUCUCAAAUACUUGACAGAGGUCAUUGCUACAACCCAAGAGAUGCAUGCGCGCUUCCAAUGGGGUAAGAACGACGUGGCGUUCUGGGACAAUCGCACAACUAAUCAUACCGCCACCUAUGGAUUUGCCCCCCACCGUCGCCAUGCGGUUCGAGUUGCUUGCCAUGCAGAACGUCCAUACCUGGACCCCGAGGGCAAAUCCCAAGAAGACGUGCUGGCUGCGCUUUACAAUCUGCCAAAAGUCAACAAAGACGGCUCCCGCCAGUCUAACUACAACGACUAA